GAAUUCAUCAUGAUGUGUAAUAAAAAAUCCAUUAGAUGUCCGUAGAUUUGAAGCAGCUUUCGGCACUUACUCCUCAAAGCAAGCAUGCCAGCAGUACUUUGAAACUUAGAUUCUGUCAGAACUGGAGCUCUAACAAGAUAUAUUUUAAGUGGAAAAGGCUUGUGGAUGUGUUGGAUGAGAGUGGCAUUCAGAUCUUUAUAUUAUAUCCUUCCAAACUUUAGUUAGGAGCAAAAUUCUGGACUUCUUUUCAGAGUGAUGCUCUCAGACAUCCUGCAUAAAUGAAUGAUUGUGAAGCUUUUAGACUUUGAGGGGGGAAUGAGUAAUCAGCACCUGGCUGGUUGGAUUUGCUUCUCGUAUCAGGAGUCUUCUGUAUGUUCUGCUGCUGCAGUCAUCCUUUUGUUUGUUUCAGACACUGGCUGUUCCAUCUCUUGCUCUGGAGCUUUUGCCAACUGUUGCAAAAGAACAUAUGAUCUCUCCCCUUCUUUUUUCUCUGCAAGAUUUAACAUGAUGUAAAAAUGAAGAGUAUGAGCAGCCCCUUGCACCUCCUAGUGAAGCGUUUCCUCACUUUGCAUAAAGACAGGAGAAGUCUGUGUAGUAAAAGUGGAAACACAGUGGAACAGCCACGUGCUCUUUUUAACACACAUCAAGUUAAUGUAUAUAUUGUGACCUGAACUUGGCCAAAGAAAACAGGAAUGUGAAAUGUGGGUGCCUCAGAUGUGUACUUUAGUAAUUAGUUUCUUUACUGCUCGUCUUCCAAGUAAGUUUGUCAUCCUAGUGAAAAUCGAGAGGAAAAAGUCCUUCUGCUACCAUCUUGGUGUGUUACUUUCUGUGAAGUUCUCUUGCUGUGUUGGUACAGGCUAUUACAUCACACAAGCAGGUUGUACUUUUGUGAUGUCAGUUUAUGCUGCAUGGAUACUGUAAUGUGCUAAUGGUACACAGGGCUGUCCAUCCUUAUGACAUCUAUCCUGAUGACGGGGAGUGCCAAGGGAAGGGAGGAAUUACGACUGGUAUUAGGCCCCUGUCCUUAUAAUGGUACCAACCUUUGUUAAGAGGAAAGCCUCAAGCCUUCCCAGUCAGUAACAACUGCAUGCCCAGGUCUUCCUCGCCUCUGCAGACCUUUAGCUUCCAGCUCAGGCUAGCUGAAACUAAUGAGAUAUUUUCACUACCUCAGUGCCAGAAUGACUUGACGCUGAAGCAGCUCAAGUCUGAUUUGGAAUUAUUGACUGGGAUCCCCUUUCAUUUCCAGCGGCUUCACUACCUGGAUGAAAUAGAUCUGCCAGACGAUUCUACGCUUAUGGACAAUGAUUUUGUCCCGGGUGGAACAAUUACAAUGCGCAUCUGGAGGCAAGAUGGCUGGGGGCAUCUCGUGGCAGCUGCUGCCAAAGGAGACACGAUGAAGCUGGCCCAGCUGGGAGUCACAGAAGAGUAUGCUGGCACCUCUCCAUAUGCAAAGAUUCUGGGACCGGAGCAGAAAAAGGAAUGGGUAGCACACCGUGCUUUUGUGGCUCUGUUUGUUGCCAGCCACAGAGGUCACGUUAACACUGUGAAGUUUCUCCUGAGUCAUGGUGCAGAUGUGCACUCUAAAACUCCACUGGGAAGGACUGCGCUGCACGUAGCUGCUAUCAUGGGCCGCUGUGAGUGCAUUGAGCUGCUGGUGAGCUGUGGGGCACGAGCCCUCGACCCAGAUUGUGAGGGGCAAACCGCGGUGAGGUUGGCCCAGCGCUGGGGUCAGAAGCAGAGCGAGCGUGCCCUGAUGCGCGUCCCACGGCCGCCGUCUGGAGCCAGGCCUUGGUGCAGGGAUGGAGCUGUGCUGCAGGCUCAUGGCCAGCCGGCCUGAUAUACACAGGCUGACCUGGUUCUGGCAGAUCUGAGGACAGUCAGUAACUUUCCCAGUGACACGCACUUUAAAUAGAGGUCACUGAGUACCUUUUGUAGGGUUUUGUUAUGAAAUAAUGUCAUAUUCUGAUGAUGCGGCAGCUAAGGUGACAGCUAGCUCAACCACAUAACCCUUGAGCGUGUGCUUUAUUUGCAAUUUAAGCUUUUUGGUAAUGCUGCUUUAAUUUCUUUGAGUUUAAAGUUGCCUUUUUUUUUUGUCUGUGGAUGUUGAGAUCGGGAGGUGGCAGUGGGGCCGGCAGGGGGUGUCCCAGCACUGCACUCAACUGCAGGCAGCAGUGCUGCAUCCUCCCCUGACGGUGGUGCUCCGACUGUCUCCAGAAUAAGGGGAUAAAUAUCCGUGACUUCUUCCUGGGAAUCGAGUACUAAAGCAAGGUUCAAAACCUUAGCCUAUGGAAGCCAGUUACUGUGGGAGAGCAUAUAGCAAACUUUAUAUGUGCUGGCAUUGGUCUGAACAAAUGCAGAAUUCCUGCUGGAACGAUGCCUUUUAGUACUGUUUAAAAAAGGCUCGCUCUCUGGUUUCCUGUUGGUUAUUAGUUCUACCUGAUUCAAACAUACAGAUGUUGGGUAAAUGCAAUGACAAGAUCACAUUCUGUCAAAGUGAUCAAUGGACAAGAUAUAAAAUGGUGUUUGAUGUCUUGCUGAGCAGUUGGAUAUUGUAAGCAGGAUUAUACAGAGAAAUCUUUAGAAAUCCGUUAUUCUUUCUUUGUGUUGUCUGUCUAGACUGUCUGAUCUGUGCUUAGGCUUCUAGAAAGGAGGAGAGGAUUUGUAGUUGCUUUUAGCCAUUAUGCAGCAUAACUUGGGAGAACAUAAGAAUGUCAUACACAGAGAACUGAGUGUCUUCAGGAUGAGAAUUCCAGAAAUGGUAGAAAAUUAUGUAGUAUACAGUCAUGGAGGGCAGAUAGCAAGUAUUGCUUGCUGGUAGCUGGAAACUCACCCUCAGAAAAGAAAAAGAAAAAAAAAAAGAAAGAAAUCCUAAAUGUGUUGUGGCUGGGAAAUGAGUGUACACUGAUCCAAAAUUGUCAUGGGGCAAAUCAGAAGAGAAUUAACAUCUGGACAAGGCCAGCACUGGAACAGUGUGUGCUCGUGUUUUUCUUAGAUGAGAAAGGAGAACCCAAGCUGAAGAGAGAUUAACCAAAGGAGGGAGUUUGUCCUCAGGAGAGGAGCAGGAACACGAGGCAUUCUGUGUUGUGAUUGUUACUUCCUCUUCUCUGUGCUACAGUACAGAAGGAGGAUCAGUCUUCAGAAGAGUUUAGUGAGGACUUAUUAAUGAGCUUUGGGAUUCCCAGAUAAAGGAAGAGGCUGAUUGUUAUGAAGAAGAAAAAGGUACUAAAAUGCUUUGGGUUUAAUUUGGCCCAGGGCAGGACAAAUGUCACAACUGUCUCCUAAUAUUAGGAAAUCCAAAGCAACUCUUUUGGAAGGACUGUUGGUGGCCCUGCAUGUGGCAGGAGGGUUGGAGAUUCAUGAUCCUUGAGGUCCCUUCCAACCCUGGCCAUUCUGUGAUUCUGUGACUGUGACUCCCGUGGAUGUAAAAACCAAAGUUAAAUAAAGAUGACAAGCACAGCAAUAAUUCAUCACACUUUCUUAGUGUUACAGCUCACCCCUUUCCUUGCCUGUACUGAGACCAGUACUGUUGCUCAUAGCCAUCACAAUGACUGCUGCUCCCUCAGAGCCUUGAGAAAGCCAGAGUUCAGCAAGCCUGACACUGGCUGCUGCUACUUAGAGGUAGUUGCUGUAGCCAGUGACAGCCUUGGAUGUCUAUAGACUGUCACCUUUGAUAACUCUGAAUAAUGAUAUGUUCCCCAAACAUUUCCCCUUCCUCUAGAAACAUUUCUAACUUUAACUGAGUUAUACCUGUUCCAUAUUUAUCUGUAGUGCGGAAUGUCGUGGCAAUCAUGACAUUCAAUUUUCAAAGUGAAUCAAAUGAAUAGAAAUUGUUAAAUGCUGGAGUACAAUAUAGCUUAUAAAACCCAACAUCAGGAAAGUUGCACUGAUUGGACUCUUAGAUGCUGUUUUCCUUUUGCUUGGGAAACAGAAUUGUAGUCAGCUUGCAAUCUCCUCAACAUUGUUCAUGGAGGAAGCAGACAAAAAAUACCAAUGGCUGCAAUUUAGUUAAUUUUAUGCUAAACACAAUCAGCAUUCAAACUGGGAGUUACUAAGUGAAAAUGUAUUGAUAGAGAAGCCAAAAUAUUCUCUGUGAGUAGAUGGUGAAAUAUUAAAAUCUCAAAUAGACUCCUGAAAAGCCCAUAACUGUAGGGCGGAGAAGAUGCAAAGGUGAAAUUUGGCACUGCUGGAGUCAACAGGAGGUCAGUGAGGUCACGAAUUAAUCCUCAACAUGGGAGGUCAUGAAUCUGUGUGGUAGGAACCAGUGCAGCACUGGUAUAACAUAAGGCCUUGUGACAACAAAGACAACGAUUAAAAAAAAAAAAAAGAGAUAAAAAAAAAGGUUGCUAAGGAUGUAUCUGAAUCAGGACUUAUGUAGGAAUGCUUUUUCUGCCAUCAGUUUUCAAAUUUGCAGCGUGCCUUGCAUUGCAACCACCAACUGUGUUCAAAGACAACCAGAAUUUGGUUGUGAACUUUCUGAGGAUCGUGUUGACCAUUAAUGUUUAGAAAGGAUAGCGGUUCACGGAAGGAAGCCAAACCUAUAUACUUUCUAGCAUGCUUCCAACAUCUAUUAUGCUUCCAGCAUCCCGUUUAGGUUGGUUUGAUGCCUGACCUACACUGCAAUUGAGGUUAGUGCUUUGCUUUUCCUUGCAGUUCUCCAUAUGGUAUUCUGUUUGCAAGAUUUGCUUGACAUAACUGUCUGGUAUGGUUUGUUGGUGUUUUGCUAGGAUUCCUGUGUGUUCAGAAGCUAAUAAAGGAACUGUCAACUCAAAGGCCUGUCUUAAAAUGUGGCCCUACUGGCUUGGGAUAAGAAAUGCAGAGAUUCCUCUUCCAAGCCUCUUCUGUGGAAUUCGUGAUGCUAUUUCAAUUCCUUUGGUUUCCAGUAACAAAAAAAAACAAUUGGGGUCAAGCAGAAGUCAAGGUAUAAAAAUUAAUCACUGUGAGCUUCCUUACUUGUAAGCUGGGCCAUAUGUUAAAGGAAUGAGCAGUUCUUAUAUCUCUUGAUGAGUGUUUGUAUGCAUCGUUCAAAUGUACAUGUGUUUGAAUUCCAGCCUGAUUGAAUUGGUCUAUGAUAAUAAACAGGAUAAAUAAAUCAGAUGAAAGUAAAAGCACUGAUGUGCUUGUAGAAUUGUGUGGGAUUAAGUUCAGUACUAUGACCUUGAGCAGGAUGUAAUUUCAAAAGUGCCUUAAUUAUGAUGAUGACAUAAAAUAAGGCUGAGGAAGCUGGAAAGGCAGAGAGAUAGGAGGCAGAGGGACAAAACAAACUCAUUUGGAAUGACUUGGUUUUAGCAGGAUUACAGGCUGUUAAGUGGCUUAUGUGGCUUAUGGUAGGGAAGUGCAGGGCCAGGGACCAUAGGCAGUCAGACUCCAAUUGGAGUGGAGUAGUGUGCAGUAGAGAUCAGAGCGUGGCUAAAAGGGCACGUGCAGCAUUGGGGGAAAUCGUUUCUAAGGUGAAUUGCUGUCUUGGUGCUUCUUUUCUGACGGAGAUCUGCUGUACAGCUGUGCUUGCUGCACAGCUGAGGAACUGCUGGCCCUGUUGAAUUCAACCCCCAUCCAGCAAAGCACCUCCUCCUGUGAUUGUACUACUGUAAUAACAGUGAUGAAAGAAAGGUGACUUCUGUGUACUUGUGCCCCACGUUUCUAUUAUCCAUUGGUUCUCCAUAGCACAGGGCAGCAUUAGAGCCGGCAUCCUUGGAGUUCCUUUGUCAGUUCAAGCUGUUGUCACGCGCCUAGCUAAUACCCUCUAGUAAUUUUCUUAUUCACAUGCACACUUAAUGUCCUUAGUCAUUAGACUGAAAAAUGUUAACCUUGUCAUAGUUAGUGACUGGAAGCAGAAAAGUCCAUUUAGUUCUCAGGGGAAUGAAUUCUAAUUUUCUGCUUGUCAGAAAGUGACAUUUUACAUAUUUUUCUCUUUUUUUUUUUUUUAUUCCCACCAUUUUAGUGCUGAGUUUAAAUGUGUGUGUCAUAGGAAUAGACUUUUUGUCUCUGCUAAACACCCCAAAAGGCUUGGCAGGUAUCCAAUGCAUGACCCCCUUGACCAACAGCUACUGCUUGAGCUUGUCUUGUGCACUGAGGAGAAUGGGAGGUGAGAGUGAAAAGUUAGAAGCAAGGGGUUAUUGCAGAGGGCAUAUUAAUGUUGCAUGUCAGAAUGCAUAUUUUUUAUCCCGGGAAAUAUGGAUGAAAAGCAGCUCAUCUGGAAUAAAAUAUCCAGUGAAGAAACAAAUUAUGUUAAUCAAGCAGGCUCGUACUAAUGUUAGUCAUUAAGAUGUGACACCUUCUAUAUAAUGUCACAGGCUGCUGCAACCCUUUGAGAAGAGUGCUGGUUUGAAGGCAGCUUGUCUGUGGUUAUUGAGUUCACUGUUCUGUGAAAGGGAAUAACUUGUGUCUUGAAAAAUAGAUGGCAUUUAUGGCAAAGAGAAAUCAUCCUCCCACAGAUUACAGCUGUUCUUUGCAUUGUUGUGUUGGUGGUCUUAUCUCAUCAGUGGAUAUUUUCUGUGUUGUUUUUUUGGUUGUUGUUUUGUUGUUUUGUUUUUGAUACAUUUCCAUAAAGCUGUUCUGAGGAGAACAUUGUGUGCUGGGAGCUGGAUGUAUUUUGAGAAAGAGACACCACUACAAAGAACUCGGAGUCUAAAUUGAAAAGAUGGAUGAAGUGAAAAUGAGGGAUGGUUGUUUUGCUUCUUACAGAUGGGAACUGAAGCAGGAGAUUGUGACUGUUGUGGCCAAAGUCACCCUGGGAGUCCACAGAACUGCAUCCUGAUCUUUGAAGUCCAAUUUCAGUAUCUUUAUCACGUAUUGCCUUUCUGUUCCCUUGCUGCUGAAUCUAGAUUAAAUAUGCAUGUGUAGCGAGAUAAACAUGUUCUACAUGUGUUUAGCCAAAUUCUGACCUUAGGGACAUGAAACAAGCUCUCACUGAUGUAGAUAGGAGUGCUUUCAUGAGUGGAUUCAACCCAAGGAAUACAAAACAUGUUGGCAUUUAGUUCAUGAAACAUCCUCUUGUAGGCCUGAGGUGGAACUGGUGUUUUAACCAACUUCAGCCUCUCUGUGAGGUCUGGAGAAGGCAUGCCAGGCCAGAGCAUAGAUAAAACAGCAUGAGAUUUUGGCUCACUGGGUGUGAUGAUCCUUUCUCUUGUCUGGAUGCUUCUGUUAUACCAGGAGUACUGUCUGCGUUGCGUUAUUCAGCUCCGAAUCAACUGUAGCAAUAAUGCACAAUGAGAAGAAUACAAAACGCAUUCUAAAUAAUUUCAGCAUUUAUGUGGUUUUGGGUCUUCUGUGUUUCAUGAAAUCUCAACAGAUUGUUUGCUGCAGCAGGACCAGAAGGCCGAUAGGUGCAGUGCAAAGCGAUGCCUGUCCCUGCUGACAGGGACUGGUUAGCAACGGCUCCAAGGUAUGACUGAAAGGAGAAUUAAAAGCAGAUUUAGGGAAUCUUCUUUCCUCCUUGCUUCUUAAGUGUAUAAUUCUGCAUAAAUACAUCAUGGAAAUCUUAACUGUAAUUUGCCGGGUAUGAAGAAGAUUGUUUCUUCUAAAGUUAAAUAGCACUGAUCCAAGGUGAAGGAGUUGGUCCUAAGCUCUCUGUUGCUUACAGCCAGCCCACAAAAAUGUUUAUUUUCUCAAUGCCGUACCUUAAACAAAUAGGAGCACAAGCAAAUAUGGUGAAAUGUUUUGCUCUGAACCAUGGCGAGAGCUGUUGCAAUUGGUCUUUUCCCAUUUGCAUACAAGUAACUCAAAUGAUUAAUGGCAUUGCUUCCAGGAGAACAAACAUCAGCAGCGCUCCCUGCAAGCCAAGUAGUUGUCUGGUUGGCCCUGCAGUGAGUUACUUUUCCCCUGACAAAGUGCCCUGGUCAGAGCCAUCCAGAAGUGCAAGCUGAAGAAAAUUCUACAAUCUUGAAGAUUCAGGGGCCAUCUCCUGGUGUUCUGUGCUGCAGAGAAAGAGCAGGAAGUGUUGGAGCUCUUUUCUUCCUCCCAGUCCCUGACCCAGCAGCACCGCUGCUGCACAGACCCACCGUGCCCUGUGACAGAGGCACACAGCCAGCCUGACUUCUCGGGACCUGGGCUUAAGCAAGAAGGGCGGUUUUGUUACCCCUGCUUAUGUCUCACCAGAGAACUGACUGCAGCCAUGGCAGAAGCAGUGUGCAGACGAUGCCCCUCUGCUCAGGUGAAUGGAUAAGCAGUGUCCCUUCCUGCUUUUUCUCCAGCCCAUGAGGCAUUGGCAUUACUUGAUAACUAUACCUUGGGUUCUGCUAAGGGACUGUAAACAUACGGGGUUUGCUCCUUCAGCAAGCGUUGUGCUGAGAUGGAAGCUGCACUGCACAUAAUGGGGAGCACAAGAAAUGGCUGUGGAUUUUAUUUAAACAAAGGAUAGGAGUGUGCUCUGGCAAUAAGAGCAUAAUGUCUGCUUGGUUUUUCCAGACAAGGACAGUGCCUUGCUGGUUAGUGGUUGUU